AUGCCAGUGGCGCCGUGGACUAUGGACAUCAAUCUGCAGGCCGACGACUUCAAUUGCAAGAUCAACCAGCUCACAGCUGAGUUGUUUGCCGAGGACCGCUUCUCUCCUAGGAAGCCCUACAUCAAGACAGGCACUAUGUUACUGAGGCUCAAUGGCAAGCAGGCAAAGCGAUGUGACCACAAUCUCCUUCCUCAGCGAUUCAAGCAAGACGGUUCUGUCAUCACCUCCGAGCUGGAGUGGGCCGAGGCCUUGAGGCGACACUUUGCCCAACUUGAGGACGGAUACGAGUGUGCUGCAUCGGCGCUGCAAACUGAGUACAACCAGCUAACUUUGAAUCAUGCUCUUGGCUUCCCACGGUCUAUCUCAGCGAUUCCGUCUCCGACAUGGCUUGCCACCAGAUUGCGGGGGGUCAAAGCCCACCGCGCACCUGGCCAUGAUUUAGUUCAGAACGCUGUCCUCAAAGCUGCGCCUGAGGCUGUUCUGCCGCAUGUUCUGGCGAUCACAGCUAAGACUGGGCUUCUGGUGCAGGAGGCGGCCAUUCACAACGCAGGACUUGCGUGCGGACUCCACGAGGGCAAGAGCGGCAGGAUGACUGCUGAGAUGUACCGCUCGAUCAUGCUGAACUCGGACGUUAUCAAGCAUCACCACGCGUUCCUUCGAGCAGCCAUGACGGACUGCAUCGAGAUACUCAUGGUGGACUCGCAGACUGGGGGUAUCAAGGGCCGUUGUGCUGGCAUGGCUUCUCAGAUGGUGAGAGUUUUCAGACACAUUGCCAAGGCCAGGAAGUUUAUUGCGAUAGUAUUGUUCGUGGAUUUGGUGGCCGCCUUCCAUUCGCUGUUGCGUCAGGCUGGGACCCCGCUCGAGGGAACUGAGAACUACAUCAAUCAAGUCCUAGACAAUGCACCCGCGCUCGCACACCCGCUGCUGGAAGUGGUUCUAGCGGCGCCAGUGUUGGUCGACUCCAGGGUUGGCCAGCAUCUGGUGGCGCAAGUGAUUGAGGCCCAUCGGCCCACCCGCUUCAGGGUGCCAGGGGAUACGCAGUGGAUUGUCUCACAAAGGAGCUCUCGGGCUGGCAACCCCCUAGCCGACUUCUUCUUCAAUGUCGUGUAUGCCCGACCACUGAGAGGAAUCAAAUUUGAUAUGCAGCAGGCUGGCAUUGCUAUGGACCCCAAGGAUUGUAUUGAUGCAUCCGAGCAGGUAUUUUCUCAAGGCCUCACAGUGGAGAACGACACGUUCACGGACUCCACCUUCGUCGAUGAUUCUGGCUUUUGCUCCCCAUGUUAUGACCCCACAGCAGUACGUGAUCAAGUAUCGUUGCUCGGCAGGAUCGUGAGGAAGCACAUGCUGGGAUCAGGUUUUCAACUUCACUUCGGGAAGGGCAAGACGGCCGCGGUUAUUUCCUACAAUGGCGAGGGCUCCCUGCGCGCGAAGAGGACCAUGGCCAGGUUCUCAGCCAUUGCGUUAGAUAGCACAUCGAACGAUCGUAUUGUCCUUGAGCAGGCUUACAAGCAUGUAGGUGGCAUCUACACUGGCGAUGGGAGCACAGCACAGGAGGUAUCUAGGAGGAAGAACAAGCACUCUACGGCACUGCGGCCCCUGAGGGCAUCGGUUAUCAAGUACGAGAUUGCCACAAAGGACAAGCUCAAGUACAUCGACGCGCUGUGCAGCACGCAUUUGUUUUUUUUUCAGGCGGAGACAUGGGACAAGAUUUCGGCAUCGUGCACGACCAAGUUGAACCAUGCGUUGCUAUCAGGGUACCGAGUGGGCACCAGGAAAUUGCACAGCCUGCUCACUGUCGGGCGCACCACAGAUUCGGAAGUAUUAGUUAUCGCCAACAGGAUGGAGUGUUGUGAUGUUUUGCGCUUCCGACGGCUACGCUACGUGGCUUGGCUGGUGCACGCAGGAGUAGCUGGAGUAUUGGUGCACCAUGCUUGCGUAGCUUAUCGUGUGGCGUCGAUCUGGCAGCUCGAGUCGGUGAAGGCGAUCGCUGCUCUCCCAGAGGCCUCUGCAGUGACCUUUGAUGUGGCCGACUUCGGGGGCGCGCUGUCUUCCUUCGGCCAGGCCCUGGCCGUGCGCUGCCCGCACCUCUCGGGGGCCAUGCGCCUGCGUGGCCUGGUGGCGAGGCCCGCAGCAGUGCUUGAGGUGGACAGCUGGGUUCUGCCUAGGCCCUUCCUCGAGUUGCUGGGCGAGGCUUUUCUGGAGGCGCAGCCAGCGCUGAGAGGUGCGGGGACCAUGCAGUGGCCGACGGAUCCGUUCCUCGUCGCCAUGCUCGUGCCCCCCGAGCGCUACCCAGAUGUGCCAUCGGACGAGGAGGCUGCAUGGGAGCUGGUCGAGGGCACCCUCCUCACGUGCGGUGCGCCUCCGCACCGCGAGGGAGGUCGCGGUCUCGGACAUAUCCAUCGUGGGCGCCUGGCGGUGGGACCGCACAUGUACUUCGAGUACGGGGAGCUGCAAGGAGAGGAGGCUGCAGUGAGGGGGCGGCGCGCCCAGGCAGUGGGGGACUGGGUCACCAAGGAGGGCCAGGGGUCCGAGCUUGGGGUGUACCUCUGGCUGGACCUCUUCUCGGUCAACCAGCACAGCACCCAGGAGCAGGAUGGCGAGAUGCUGUCCGGGCAGCUCUUCCGGCUGAUCGGGAAAAUCCCGAAGACCAUCGUCGUGCUGGACCCGUGGUACGACCCCGUGGUGCUCAGGCGCUCGUGGGUCAUCUGGGAGACGUACGCGACCAUAGCGACGGGAUCCGAGAUCCACUUCGCCAUGCGGCCGAAGACGAGAGAGAACUUCAGCCUGGCCAUGCUCGACUCCUUCGAGCGGGUCAAGAUGGCCAUGAGCCAGGUGGACGUGACCAAGAGCAACGCGUACGUCGAGAGCGACCGGGAGAUGAUCUUCGAGGAAAUCCGGCGGUGCAUCGGGUUUGAGCGGAUGAACGAAAUUCUCCAG